AUGGGGGGUUUUCAGAAUAAUCCAACUACACGGAUUGGCUCGUUUGAUGACAAAAACACAGGGCAAGUAGUGAGACCGAGCUAUGUCCGUGGAGUUCAUUGGAGGAAGACGUCAAAAAUGGAGAUCUCGAAACAGGAGUUUUGGCAAGUUUACGAAUUCAAAUUCAGAACCGCUACAUUGCAAACGCCUCGAAGCCUUAGUGAGGCUUUGGUGGAAGCGACGUCGUUCACAACUGUUCAAGAAGUUGCAGAACUCGGUGUAAGUGUGACAACUAUUCUGGAACGAAUUUAA